UGUCAGGGAUUUUGCAAGGUCUUGUUUGCAGUUGAUGCAUCAAGGUCUGUCCCAGUACUUAUUGCAAUCUUGGAUGUGGAGAGCGCUGCUGGAUCUGCAGUGUAAGACUGGAAACAUCAAGGCUGAAUGGACUUUAGCGUCAAAAGAAGUUCUCCGCUGUUAACACGAAAAAUUAACCACAUCAAAAUGAAGCAGGUACCAGAGAUCCUUGGAAAUGCCAAUGGGAAAACACAGAAUUGUGAAGUGAAUCGUGAGUGCUCUGUCUACUUGGGCAAAGCACAGCUUUCUGCCACUCUACAGGAAGGUGUCAUGCAAAAAUAUAAUGGCCACGAUGCUCUCCCGUUUAUUCCAGCUGAUAAAUUGAAAGAUCUAACUUCUCGUGUGUUUAAUGGGGAAUCUGGGGCCCAAGAUGCCAAGCUGCGCUUUGAGCCUCAAGAAAUAAAAGGAGUUGGAACACCACCCAACACUACUCCUAUCAAGAAUGGCUCUCCAGAAAUUAAGCUGAAAAUCACUAAAACCUACAUGAAUGGAAAACCUUUAUUUGAAUCCUCCAUUUGUGGAGACAAUGGUGCGGAAGUGUCCCAGUCAGAAGAAAAUGAACAAAAAACAGCAAACAAGGAGCGGAGAAAUAGAAAAAGAAGCAUAAAAUAUGACUCCUUACUUGAGCAGGGUCUUGUCGAAGCAGCAUUAGUUUCAAAGACUUCAAGUCCCACUGAAAAAAAGACUUCUGUGAAGAGAGAUGCAACUCAAAUUACGGUUAAAGAAGACAAAGUCCAUCUAUUGAAAUACAAUAUAGGAGAUCUAGUCUGGUCAAAAGUGUCUGGUUUUCCAUGGUGGCCAUGUAUGGUUUCAGCUGAUCCUGUUCUUCAUUCCUACACUAAAUUAAAAGGACAGAAAAAGAGCUUUCGUCAAUAUCACGUACAGUUCUUUGGAGAUGCCCCAGAACGAGCUUGGAUAUUUGAGAAAAGCCUUGUGCCAUUCAAAGGAAAAGACCAAUUUGAACAAUUAUGCCAGGAAAGUGCGAAACAAGCCCUCACAAAAGCAGAGAAAAUAAAGAUGUUAAAGCCUGUUUCAGGGAAACUGCGACCCCAGUGGGAGAUGGGCAUAAAGCAAGCAAGUGAAGCACUAGGCAUGUCAGUGGAAGAGCGGAAGGCCAAGUACACCUUUCUCUAUGUUAGAGAUAGACCUCAUCUUAAUCCUCGAGUGGCAAAAGAAGUUGGUAUUGCUGUGGAACCUUUAGAGGAGAUAGAUGAGUUGUCUUACGCAAAUGAAGAAACCACUCAAAGUCUGAAAUCAGUGAAGGAAUCUGGCAUUCCCAACAAGAGAAGGAGAAGGACAUCAAAACUGCCUGCAGCUAAUAAUACUCAAGAAAGUAAUGAGUCGGGGACUAAGAAUACUACACCCCAAAAGGCAUCUGAACAGGCAGAAUCCAAAAGAGGAAUAGGCUCCCCUGUCACUAGAAAGAAAACUGCAGCAUCCACUCCACGAAGCAGAAAGGGAGAUGCAGUGUCUCAGUUCUUGGUCUUUUGUCAGAAGCACAGAGAUGAGGUUGUUGCUGAACAUCCAGAUGCUUCAAGUGAGGAGAUUGAAGAACUGCUUGAAUCGCAGUGGAACAUGCUUAGUGAAAAACAGAAAGCUCGCUAUAACACAAAGUUUGCCAUAGUGACCUCUCCCAAAUCUGAAGAAGACUCUGGUUCAUCAUUGAAGAAUAUUGGAGAGACCAAACGUAAAGUGUUUCAAGACUCACCUAAAAGGAGAUCAAGAUCCAGAAGUAACUUACAUGGAAAUAAAAGAAACCAAAAAAAGAGGACAAAGGAACCAACAGAAGAUUUUGAAGUUCAGGAAGCACCUAGGAAAAGACUCAGGAUGGAUAAACAGAAUAAUCGGAAGAGGGAGACAAGCAAUGACAAAACAGCAAAAACAAACUCUACUAAGGUCACAGAAACCUCCUCUUCACAAAAGAACCAGUCAGCAACGAAAAAUCUGUCUGAUGCAUGUAAACCACUGAAGAAGCGAAAUCGGGCUUCAGCAGCAGAAUCUUCAACUCUUGCUUUUAGCAAGGGUUCAUCUCCUUCAGCUUCCUUAACUGAGAAUGAGGUCUCAGAUGGUCAAGGAGAUGAGCGGUCGGAGUCUCCCUAUGAAAGUGCAGAUGAGACUCAGACAGAAGUAUCUAUAUCAUCUAAAAAAUCUGAGCGAGGAGCUGCAGCAAAAAAAGAAUAUGUAUGUCAGCUGUGUGAAAAAACAGGUGAUCUCCUGCUUUGCGAAGGAAUAUGUUUUGGAGCGUUUCAUGUCAGCUGCCUUGGGCUGUCUGGGAGACCAGCAGGAAAGUUCAUCUGUAGUGAAUGUACAUCAGGUGUGCACACCUGUUUUGUUUGUAAGGAGAGAAAGGCAGAUGUGAAACGAUGUAUUGUAUCCCACUGCGGAAAAUUCUACCAUGAAGCAUGUGUAAAAAAAUUUCAUCUUACUGUGUUUGAGAACAGAGGUUUUCGAUGUCCUCUCCACAGUUGCUUGAGCUGUCAUGUUACUAACCCCUCAAAUCCAAGAGUGUCAAAAGGCAAAAUGAUACGGUGUGUUCGCUGCCCUGUGGCUUACCACGCUGGAGACAUUUGCAUUGCUGCAGGCUGUGCUGUGAUCGCUUCCAACAGCAUUGUGUGUACCAAUCAUUUCACAGCCAUGAAAGGAAAAAGUCAUCAUGCGCAUGUCAAUGUGAGCUGGUGCUUUGUGUGCUCAAAAGGCGGUAGCUUGUUGUGCUGCGAGUCAUGUCCUGCAGCAUUUCACCCAGACUGUUUAAACAUUGAAAUGCCAGAUGGUAGCUGGUACUGCAAUGACUGCAGGGCAGGGAAGAAACUCCGUUUCCAGGAUAUCAUUUGGGUCAAACUAGGAAAUUACAGAUGGUGGCCUGCAGAAGUUUGCCAUCCAAAAAACGUCCCCCCAAAUAUCCAGAAAAUGAAGCAUGAAAUUGGAGAGUUUCCUGUGUUUUUCUUUGGUUCUAAGGAUUAUUACUGGACGCAUCAAGCUCGUGUAUUUCCAUAUAUGGAGGGAGACAGGGGGAGUAGAUACCAAGGAAUUAAAGGAAUUGGAAAAGUCUUCAAAAAUGCUUUGCAAGAGGCUGAAGCUAGAUUUCGAGAAAUAAAACUUCAGCGAGAAGCCAAAGAAACCCAGGAGAAUGAACGUAAACCACCACCGUACAAACACAUAAAGGUGAAUAAACCUUGUGGUAAGGUUCAGAUUUAUACUGCUGAUAUUUCUGAGAUUCCCAAAUGCAACUGCAAACCCACAGAUGAAAACCCUUGUGGCUUUGAUUCUGAAUGCCUAAACCGGAUGCUGAUGUAUGAAUGUCACCCACAAGUUUGUCCAGCUGGAGAACGCUGCCAGAAUCAGUGCUUUACCAAACGUCAGUACCCUGAAACAAAGAUAAUCAAAACGGAUGGCAAAGGCUGGGGUUUGGUUGCCAAGAGAGACAUAAAAAAGGGAGAGUUUGUGAAUGAGUAUGUUGGUGAACUAAUUGAUGAAGAGGAGUGUAUGGCAAGAAUCAAAUAUGCACAUGAAAAUGACAUCACUCACUUCUAUAUGCUCACUAUAGAUAAGGAUCGUAUUAUUGAUGCUGGUCCCAAAGGAAACUAUUCUCGUUUUAUGAAUCACAGCUGCCAACCAAAUUGUGAGACUCUAAAAUGGACAGUAAACGGAGAUACACGUGUAGGCCUGUUUGCUGUGUGUGAUAUUCCUGCAGGGACAGAGCUGACUUUCAACUACAAUCUCGACUGUCUGGGCAAUGAAAAAACUGUCUGUAAAUGUGGUGCCCCAAACUGCAGUGGAUUUCUUGGGGACAGACCAAAGAAUUCUUCCACUAAUGCUUCAGAAGAAAAAGGCAAAAAGACCAAAAAGAGAACGCGGAGACGUAAAACAAAAAGUGAAGGAAAGAAACAGUCUGAAGACGAGUGUUUCCGUUGUGGUGAUGGAGGACAACUUGUUUUGUGUGACAGGAAAUCUUGUACUAAAACUUAUCAUCUCUCCUGUCUUGGUUUGGUGAAACGUCCUUUUGGAAAGUGGGAGUGUCCGUGGCACCACUGUGAUGUGUGUGGCAAACCUUCCAUGUCUUUUUGCCAUUUCUGCCCAAAUUCUUUCUGCAAGGAGCACCAAGAUGGGACAGUACUAAAUUCUACAUUAAAGGGACAGUUAUGCUGCUCUGAACAUGUUCUUGGGGUAGCUUCUGUUGCAACUCAGAAGACUCGGAGACACCCCAGAAAAAUGACCAAGUUGAAGCGCAAGAGAAGACAAAGGACCAGAUGGAUGAGAGCUGAAUGCAAAUAGUAAUGGACUGCAGUAUCUACUGCCAACACUAUCUUGUAGAUAAGUUGUGAAUAGGGCCAGGGAAGGACAUGGUUUUACAUAUAUUCUGUAAAGGUUACAUUUUGGGAGGGGAUUGGGAAGCAUUUUUUAUUUUGUUUUUUUUUAAUCCACUGAGCCAACCACAGCAGUCUUCUGCUGCAUCUGCACUGAUAACGAACUGUGGCAUACAUAGUUCAGAAUUUUUCAGGACAAACCAAACUUAUUACUCAGCAUUACAGUUACACUUGAAUUGUUACGAAUGUAUAAGGUUCCCUCCAAUAUUUUUCAAGUUGGAGGUAGGUUAAAUCAAAGCAGGUAGGCACAUUAUAAAUGUAGGUUUUGAGGUAGUAUUUGCCAUCCAGCGAUGUUUAAAAUAGUAUACCCUUGAAAGAAAUUAUUAGGUGUCAAGUUUUUUGGUCUGCAGUCCCAAUUUAUAUCUGCUUGCCUUGAGUGAAUUGUUGAGCAAGUAUUUGAGUGCCAUUUACAACCCAGGUGCUUAUCUGAUUAUAAUCAACACACUUUUUAAUUUGUUCUUGCUCUUAUAAAAUGGUUGUCUAGUUGUUCUUAAAUAUAUUUUUAAUAUCCUUCAUCAAGAAGUACAGUGCAUGGUGAAAAAAAGCUCACCUGUCAUAGAGAGGGAAAACCUUAUAAAAGAUUUUUUUUCUAUACUGUUUUUUCCUGUAUUUCAUGUCAGGUAAAUAGAAAUACACUUGAUCUUACAGAGUUGACAAGUCUGGACUUAAAGGGAUAUUGUUUUACAAUCUCAGCCCAAUAUUUAGGAUUUUUAUGUUCUUAAUAAAUAAAAAGAAUCUUACAACACCUAAUAUUAAGAGAAUAGUUCAUUAUUUUUUCUUAAAACCAAUAAAAAAGUUCACAGGCAAGCAUUUCUUUGCACUCAAUCCAAAUCUUGCAGCUUUGUGAUAGUGUGAGAAAUAGUGACUUGAUAGUGAACUGCAGAAUGAUAAGUCAGUAGAAAUUAUUUUCAAAAUAAACUGGAAUUUUAAAGAAACACAAUUAUUAAAAUAAUAAAUGUGACCUACUUGUCCCUUUCUAAAUAGCAUUUAUAAAACUGACUGCUUGACUUCAAGAACAGACUUUGUCAUUCCUUUCUCGCUGAAGAGCUCAGAAAUUGUUUCAGUAACACUUUUAUUUUCUUGACCCCUGUUAGGUUCCAGACUUUCAGUGUGGUGCAUAUACAAUACUUAGGUUUAAUGGAAAUCACUGUAGAACUAGGAAAAAAUGGUGAAGGAAAAUAUCUUAAAUAAUUUUGCUUACCAUUUCCUACCUUGUAUGUGUAAUUGGUGUGCAGUGAGGCAGUGUUAUAAACAAGUUUUGACUUGUGUAGUCAUUACGUACCCCAUGGAAACACAAUGUGCGCCUUCAUGACCAUUUAAUAAUUUGUAUAUGUUCUAGCUUAGUGUGCCUUUACUAGUGCAGAAACUCUGUGUAGCUUUUUUUUUUUUUUUAAAUGAAGCAUAGCUAUAUUAUAAAGUGUAUAUUUUUUCAAAGUAUUUUUCAGGGUUUAAUUGCAGUUCUAGUUAUUUGAAUGAUUGAAAUCUACAUCUGUUCCCAGUACAUGAGAAUGUUUACUUUUUUAUUAGAUUUUAUUGCAGAAGUUCUAAAAUGUACCAUUAUUCUGUGCUAAGAACUGAUUUUUUUUUUUUUAAUUUCUUUUGUAAUAGAGCAACUGCUUUGUUUUGUGGAUCAAAAUUUUAUAAAUACUGUUGGAAGGUUUGUUCUUCCCUUUUUCAAAUAAUCCUUGGCUGAAAGUAGCCAGUUCACUAUAGGAGAGUGUUACAUUUGUUAGCACUAUGACAUUUCUACUUUUACGAGAUAAAUAUACAAAGCCUUGCACAUGUGGAAAAAUUGUGAAGGUUUCUGAAGGAUGUUUGAGGGGACUGUUCUUUUGUCCUAAAGUUCUUACUUGCAUUGCCAAGGCUAAAGCAUAGCCAGGUGCCUGAAAUCAAAACCAAAAAGAUGUUUUGUAUAUUUUUUCAGCGUUGGGGAAGGGAGCUUAGAUAUUCUUUUGAAGGGAAAGGGAGGGGGGAAGCAAAAGCAAAAAUGUUUUUCCUGGUCACUUUAGAGCAAAAUGAAGGAAUUUGGUAUUAUCAAGACAUAUAGCUCGAUAUUUGUUUGGAUAACAUUCCCUGUGAGGACGGCUUUAUAAAAAUACUUUUUAAAUAAGUUAUUAUGAAAUCUUACCUUGACAUUUUAGUAUUUUAAAAAUGUCUGUAUUACAUUUUUACCUUGUUCAUAGCUUUGUACCUCUUCAUCUUGCUGUAAGAGUUCCAGUGCCUUGGAAUAGUUACAGACUGGUUUCUAAUGGGCAGAUAUCCAUGUCAAAGAAAUCACCGUACAACUGGUGGUAAUUGGCACCAUUGCUGAGAUCAGCAACUGCAUGAUCAUGAAAUAUGAAACCUCCCACUUCACUCCUAGGUCAGGAUGUACAGCAUUUCAGCAUGGCUGCAUGCACUACAGUCACCCAUGCUGUAUUUGUCUGUGGGAAAAUAAAGACUUCAGUCUCCAGGGCUAUCAUUCCCAUACUUUUCUCAUGUGCAUUAAAUUCACGCAUAUACCUUUGGAGAGUGGUUUUCUGCUAGUUAUAUGUGACUAUAUUUUUCUGCUUCCUUCCCACCUAACCAAGAAUUCUAAAAUGUUUGGGCCGACAGUGACAUACAUCCUUGAGAAGAAUAAAUUAUAGAUGUGUGCUUACAGUUAGCAAAAUUAGUUGAAAAUCCAGCUUUUAUUGGUCAUCUCUUUUUAAAAAAUUGAUAGCUUAAAAAUAAAGACCAAAUUUUGUCUCAGUUCAAAGCCCUUACAGCCUGUUAGCUUAGCAGGGUUGCUUGAAGUGUAAUUUGAUAUAAUUUAGUACCUGGUUCAGGAGAAUUUGGAUUUCUUUUUUCACUGAGACUUCUACACUUUGUCUUAGAAUGAGAAGAAUCUGCUUUAAUUGAAAAAGAGCCAUGUCUACAUUUUCCUUUUCCACAGGUCAAAUACAGUGGAAAUAUUCCUGCUAAAAACCAAAGUGUAAAAAUGACACAGUAGCUUUUAGUAGCCAACAUAUGUAAAGAUUGGCCAUUUGGUUGUAAAAUCUUCUAAAUACUAAUUGCAACCUGAAUAGGUCAUCGUAAAUUAGAUCAAAAUGUUUACUUAUUGUCAUAUCCAUCAAAUUAUGGCUAUUUUUCUCUUUUUGGUUACUUCUCUUGUACAAAGUUGGUAUAAACUAGGUAAAUCCCAAAUAUGCUGUUGCUUCCUGAUCAGAUGAGUGAGCAUGGAAGUGAUAGUUUCAGGUAAAAAAAAAAAAAAUAUCAGAAGUUUUUUCCUACACUUUGGAAAGAAUAAUUAAAUUAGAUUGCAGCUUUGUUUUGUAGUUUGCAGCCAUAGCCAGUUUUUAGGGGAGUAUUCGAAAUACUUUAAAUACUGGAGUUAUUUGGAGAAGUAUUAAUGGGAAUGCUCUGCGUUGCUGAGUCAUAUUAUUCCUUGUCUGACCCUUUGAAAAUUUUGGUGUCUUAUUAAAGUUCGUUCCUAGUUAUCUUA